AUGAAAUAUCUCACCGGCUGCAAACUUAUUAGCUCGAUCAGUAUGUAGUAGUGCUGCUAAAGCUAGCUGAGCUGCACUCGAGUAUAUAUCCAAGCAAGAGCAGCAGCCAAAAGCUGAGAGCAUACGCAGCUCGGUGGUGUUGGUGCUUGCUGGUGUUGUCUUUUCUCCUUAUCCAGUUCCAGUUCAAUCGUUCGAUCCCGUCGACCGAUCAUGGCGGCCAACUACCACCACUACCAGAUGGCCGUGCACGCCGCCGCGGCGGCGGCGGCGGCGUGGAGGGAGCCGGACAGCCCGCAGCUGAGCUUCAUGAGCGGCUGCAGCUCCCUCUUCUCCAUCUCGACGCUGCAGGACGACGACGACGGCGCCGUCGUCAUCGCCGGCCACGCGCUGCCCUCCACGCCCGUCUCCCUCGCCGGGUUCGCCGGCGACGAGGUCGACAUGGAGGUGCAGCAGAUCAGCGGCGGCAGCGGCGACGACCGGAGGUCCAUCAGGAUGAUGAGGAACCGGGAGUCCGCGCUCCGGUCCAGGGCCAGGAAGAGGGCAUACGUUGAGAACCUGGAGAAAGAGGUUCGCCGGUUGGUGGAUGAGAACUUGAAGCUCAAGAAGCAGUGCAAAGAGCUUAAACUGGAAGUGGCUGCACUAGUCCUCCCUACCAAGAGCUCGCUGCGAAGAACCUCAUCGACGCAAUUCUGAAGGCACAAAGAAGCAUGAACACAUUUUAUUUGCCAGUACAAAAUUAAGAGAAGGGAUGAUUGGACUUGUGUGUACAUGUGUUAGUGUGUGUUUGUGUCCCGUAGGGAAGGGGAGAUAGACGGAUAUGCAAUGAUAUGUACCCUUGACACUAGAUCUCUGCAAAGAUGAACGUCUUUUAAUUUCUUGA